UGAGGACUCCAUCAUGGCCGUAUGCUUAGUACAGCACAAUUAUAGCCGCUUAGGUUUAUAACACGUUACAGAAUGGAUAAACCAUUAAACUAUACGGUUAAGAGUCCUGUAUACUUGACUUUAGCAGAUGGAAAGGUGGACGAUUUCAAAGGAUGCAAAGUUGUGGAUGUUACAUUCCCAAACAUAAUCAGCACUCAGGACAAUGAACUAUCCAAUAUUACUGAAAAGUUCCUUCUAUCAUCAGAGGCAAAGCCAAUGGAAUGUGAAGAUGUUCAUGGUGGCCUCCUAAAGAUUGGUGAAAUUCGGUUCAAGAACUAUUAUGUUGCUGUCCUAACAGUGAAAGCAAAAUUUCGUGGUGGACUAACUUCAGGGGAUUCAGAUUCCAAGUGGAAAACUUGUCUGAAGUCGGUGAAACUCAUGCCAGAUCCUCAUUCUGAAGAAGGUUCUCAUGACUAUUUCACAUUCACCAAUAAACAGUUCUGCUGUGAACCAAAAGGUAUAACAAUCCUUCGAUUUAUUCUUCAACAACCGUCUCCUGUUUGGAAAGAUUUCAGGAUGGAGAACUUGAAACUGCUUCAAGCAUCAGGAAAUACUAAACCCAAUCCCUUGCCAGCAUGGUUGAUGGAGGAAUCUUCUGAAAAGAAAGUCAGAAAACCCUUGGAGAAAUUACUUACUUCCCCUGUGACAGGGGAAGAAGAGAGGGUUCCUGAUGUGGAACAAAUAUCUUCUCAACUACAGCAGUUGUGGGCCCUUGCAGAAGAAGCUUCUAGUGUUCAAACCAAUCAAUCUUUAGGACGUUUUCAGAUUGAUGGCUGCUAUGAUGUCAACCUUUUGGCUUAUACCUGAAAUGCUGGAAAACACACUUUCUUCGAUGUUCAGAGAUAUGCUUGACAGUGUCAGCUGGACUGAUACAGUAUUUGUUUUCAUAUCAGUGAAUACCUUUGCAGCUUUUUAAAAGUCUUAAUUAUUGUAAUAUGGUUUUGAAAGUUAUACAUUUUCUGUUAUCGUGGCAGUGUGUAUUUGUGUAUAUGUGCACCCCAUAUAGCACAAGCUCAUUUUGCAGCCAGCAAGUUUUAAUCGUGAAUGCAAUAAAGCACACAACCUGUCA